AUGAUUGGUUUUAUUCGAAAGAGGACCCAGUGCACUAGAAAGUGCGAGGAACGGGAGAAUAAUUCUGAUAUUGAGGAGGACGAAGAUGCUUUACUCCGAGACCAGUUAUUACGGGAUUUUGCAGCGACAGACGAGCAGGACAAGGGGCGGCUUGAGAUUGCGGAUUCCAAGACUGAGAAGAGCGACAAUACUGGUUGCCCGACCGAAAGGACAAGCAGCUCCAACGCGCUAGAGAAAUCUGUGGAUGGGCUAAGCAGCUUAAAUGAUGACACCCCGUAUUGGCUGCGAACUGCUAACUCUACUGAGAAGGUUGAAAACCGACCCAUGGUGCGGCUGCAGAACGAGGAUAGUUUGGACCGUGAUAGGAUGAAGGAUUGCUGUGAACUAACCAAAUUUAACCCGGAGCAGAAGCAGCUACUCGAGGAUAUGCUCCAAUCAUUGGUGUCAGGAGAAGACGAUGAAACCCAGGUCCAGAAAAUGAGCGCGCUAAUGAUGUCCAUGAUAUUGCAGAGCUUGAAAGGGUUUGAUAGGUUUGAUAGUCCCAUGAUUCAUUUUGCGGCAGUUUUAGGAAUAGUCGAGGACGAGAAACGCUUACGACGUGGUGAUGAAUAUUCAUACAUGCUUGCGGAGUUCAUGUACUGCAUUAGAGUUUUGUUUGUGGAGCAUGCGCUGCCGGCAGCCACGAGAGGAGAGCAGACUAGAGAUAACAUCGACCAGUUUCUCGAACUUCGAAGGGGAUAUCUCGUGGUUGGAAGCUAUAGCCCGUGCAGCUUUCUGAUUAAGAUGCUGGGUUAUGGAAAGACAAUUGAGCAUGCAGAAAAUCAAUCAGCCCAGCAUUACUUGGAGCCAGUCUGA